UCCCUCGACCGGCCCACACGCGAUUAAUAUCGCGCCACACGCGAAAAGGAACCAGUUUAGUGUAGACCGCCAAAACGGUCGCGGUGUCCGAUGUUCGCCGUACCGCCUACCUUCGAUGUUGAAGAUGAUGUUUGCAUGCUGCCACUGAUCGGCGUGCACGAUAGCGUUAUCGCGAAAGAGGUCACCUUUGAGGGUGAGUACUUGCCGCCACCGGAGCUACCGUACGCGGACUUUGCGCUGCUCGACCUGCCGGAAAACCGGACACUCCCACAAAGGACACCGUUACGCAACGCCUGCCCGAAGCAACCGGAAGUCCUCGGAAAACACCGCGCCAAUCCGGCGGCACUCCGUUGCGAACAUUGCGCGCUUCGUUUCCAGUGCAGAUCGCACUUGACCCGCCACCAAUCGGUGCACCAUCGAAAGGAACUGCGUACGUCUUUUGAGCAGCGAUUAAGAGACGUUAAUCAGCAUUCGAAAAGAUCCGUGUGCGACAUAUGCCUAACGACAUUUCACGGUCCGGUCACCCUCGAAUGGCACCGAAAGUUUCAUCUGGAGGAACAAGAACCGAUCGAAGCGGUCGACGCGUAUACUUGUGAUGUUUGCCGUAAACGCUGUACCAGCUCCAGCCAUUUGCAUCUCCACCGGAAGGUUCACUUGGAGCAGAAACCCUACGCCUGUGGCCACUGCGAGCGAAGAUUCUCGUCUUCCGGCAACCGUCAGAAGCACGUGACGCGGGUUCAUACGCACGAACGAAAGUAUCGCUGUGGGGUGUGCGAAAAGGCGUUCAUCUAUCCACGCCAGCUGAAGCUGCACGGACAGCGGGAGCACCGAUCGUGUGGCCAGUCCGUGGGUGUGACAGUAACGUGUGAAGAACAACGCACUUUUGAAUGCUCGCAGUGCGCGAAGCGGUUCAAGCAAGCAACGCACCUACGGAAUCAUCUCCUGACGCACACCGGGAUUCGAGCUUACGGGUGUGAGUUUUGUCCGAAACGAUUUGCUAUGGCCGGCGAUCUACGGAUACAUCGGCGGAUUCACACGAAGGAAAAACCGUUCCGCUGUGACCGGUGCCCGGCUGCGUUCAUCAUGGGCAAACAGUUAAACAAACACCGGGCAGUGGUACACGGAACGGCGAAGACUUAAAGCCACACGAUAGAACCUCCACCGGACAAUAAGCGCAUCAUAGUGUCAAUUCCGGGUUUUAUGGCAUUUAACGCUACGCGCAAAAUUAGCAAUAAAUACUACA